CAUCUGAAACCUCCCGUGUGAACUGCAAACUGUAACCAAGCAAGGGGAAAAUGAUACCUCGCUGUAUUUUUAUUUCAUGCACAGGGUUUUAAGCAUCUGUGUCAUAAACUUACUUCUAUGCCUUGCACCCAGUUCAGCAGAGACCAGAGGAGUCCUGUCUGGGGACCCCGUCAUUAUCCGGGAGACCCGCUGCCAGUGGCCUGCCUUCGUUUACCCACAUACCCCCUGGAACGGAUAUCUGUUUGGGGGUACCACAGUGUAUCCUACAGAACUAUGGCUAAAUCUCCGUGAAUGCUUUGCUAAUUCUGGGACUUAACUCCUGGAACCUACCUACGGGGCUGGAUUUUAGCUUAAAUACAGCAGAAGAAAUGACAUUUUAAGCCAUUUUUUUAAAACCUUAAUUAUUUUUUCCUGUGUAGCAGGAUUUGAUAGGUUUAACAACAUGACAGGUAAGAACUUUCUCUCUUUCUAGUCCCUGAACGCCCCACGCAGGGAAGGCCGAAGCAGAACAGGACCCUGGAGGAAGGAGAGCCCGGGGACCUGAGCGCCCUUCCGGCUCCUAGGCGUUCGGCUGGGCAGCUGCUUUUGAGAGGCUCCUGGACCGUGGGGUCAGAGGCUGGGGAAGCUUCUGGGGCACGCGCGGGGAGGCGGCGCUGCGCUCCACCUGCCUGUCCCGGACACAGCCUUGGGCGAGGCGUCGAGGGACCACCCCAAGUCAAUAUUGGGAUUUUUAAUAAACCAAGGAAUGGGAUUUUAAUUAUUCAAAACCCAACUCCUUUGGGCCAGAUGCUGUUAGGAUGGUCCUACUCACACAAUAUUAAAGAGACCCAUCACUAAGAGGACGAGAAAAGCGUCUAAGACAUCCCUUACAAUUACGAAUGAACCCAGAGACUCGGUGUAGUAGCACAGGGCAUUGAUCGCUCGUGCCCAACCGGACCCUCCUCCCCUCUCCCCAUUCCUCCCCCCACCCAAGGCAGGCUCCGGCGGCAGCCGGGACCUCGCAUCCCUACUUCGUGGCCUGGGCUGCAUUUUUCAUGAGCCCCGGGUGAACAGGUGCGAAGUGCGCUAGGAGCAUCCGGCCAGUGGCCGGGAGCCGGGAACAUGGAGAGCGAGCGCGACAUGUACCGCCAGUUCCAGGACUGGUGCCUCAGGACUUACGGGGACUCAGGCAAGACCAAGACGGUGACCCGUAAAAAAUACGAGCGGAUCGUCCAGCUCCUCAACGGCUGCGAGUCGAGCUCCACGGACAACGCCAAAUUUAAAUUCUGGGUCAAAUCGAAGGGUUUCCAGCUGGGCCAGCCGGACGAGGUCCGCGGGGGCGGCGGCGGCGCCAAGCAAGUGCUCUACGUGCCGGUCAAGACCACGGAUGGCAUAGGGGUUGACGAGAAGCUGUCUUUGCGGCGGGUAGCUGUGGUUGAAGAUUUCUUUGACAUUAUCUAUUCAAUGCAUGUGGAAACAGGGCCGAAUGGAGAACAGAUUCGGAAACACGCCGGACAAAAGAGAACUUACAAAGCGAUAUCAGAGAGCUAUGCCUUCCUACCAAGAGAAGCGGUGACACGGUUUCUAAUGAGCUGCUCAGAGUGCCAGAAAAGAAUGCAUUUAAACCCAGAUGGAACAGAUCAUAAAGAUAAUGGAAAGCCUCCCACUUUGGUGACCAGCAUGAUUGACUACAACAUGCCAAUCACCAUGGCCUAUAUGAAGCACAUGAAACUGCAGCUGCUAAACUCCCAGCAGGACGAGGAUGAAAGUUCAAUAGAAAGUGAUGAAUUUGACAUGAGCGACUCAACACGGAUGUCAGCCGUGAACUCUGAUCUUAGCUCCAACCUUGAGGAAAGGAUGCAGAGUCCGCAGGCUCUCCACGGCCAGCAAGAUGAUGAUUCCGCUGCAGAGAGCUUUAAUGGCAAUGAGCCUCUGGGCCACAGUUCCGUUGCUUCAGGGGGAACACACGGCAGGGAGAUGGGAGACUCGAACGGUGAUGGCAAAACUGGGCUGGAGCAGGACGAGCAGCCACUGAACCUGAGUGACAGUCCCCUCUCAGCACAGCUGACAUCGGAAUACAGAAUAGAUGACCACAGCAGUAAUGGGAAAAGCAAAUAUAAGAAUCUUCUGAUUUCUGACCUCAAGAUGGAACGAGAAGCAAGAGAAAAUGGAAGCAAGUCCCCUGCACAUAGCUAUUCAAGCUACGACUCCGGCAAAAAUGAGAGUGUAGACCGGAUGGCCGAGGACCUGUCUCUGAACAGGGGGGAUGAGGAUGAAGAUGACCACGACGACCACGAAGACCCUGAGAAAGUUAACGAGACCGACGGCGUUGAGGCCGAGCGGCUGAAAGCUUUUAAUAUGUUUGUCAGGCUGUUUGUAGAUGAAAACUUGGACCGAAUGGUCCCAAUCUCUAAGCAGCCCAAAGAAAAGAUCCAGGCUAUCAUUGACUCAUGCAGGCGACAAUUCCCUGAGUAUCAAGAGCGUGCCCGAAAACGCAUACGUACUUACCUCAAGUCCUGCAGGCGGAUGAAAAGAAGUGGUUUUGAGAUGUCUCGACCUAUUCCUUCCCACCUUACCUCAGCAGUUGCAGAGAGUAUCUUGGCUUCAGCCUGUGAGAGUGAGAGUAGGAAUGCCGCCAAGAGGAUGCGCCUGGAUAGACAGCAGGAUGUCCAGGCUGCUUGUCAGCCCCAGUUCCACUUGCGUGUUUGUUUGUACACCCAUCUCAAAGCGCACCUGCUGUAAGGAGCACCUCGUGGAUCAAGUCUCAGCCCACCAAGAUAAGUCCUUUUCUAGUUCUCUGUGGAGCGAAGCCUGUUUUAGGACUUGAUUAUAUACCUAGCUAACACUCCAAGUAUCUUUUGGAGUAUUGACUCUAUAAUUUUUUUUAAUCGUUCUGUGGGUUUAAACUAGCUUUGCUUUCAUCACUUUGAGCCCCCAAGAUACCCAAGUUAACUAGGUAUAAGGGUAAGCACUAAAUAAUUAUCUAGGAUGAGGUAAGCACUAAACAGAUAUACAUAUGUGAUGACGUAGCAUGGCAAAGAGUUCAGUUUGAGGAAAGGAAAGAACCUUUUAAUGAGACACUUGCCAACCCAAUAGGAAUUCCAGCCUGAGAACAGUAAUGUGUGGCCAGGCAGAGCAGGAAUCAUUGGAAUUAAUACCGCAAUUUAAAAUGGUGUCUGACAGCUUAGUGCAUACAGUUUGAGCACCAAAUCGGGAAAAUUGCAAAUAUAAUAUGAUAGGAAGGAAGGGCGUAGGCUGGGGAGACGAUGAAGAAUGUCUCAACAUUUAGUUCUUUGAGCACUCUUGCUUUUCACUGUUCAGUGAGAAAAAGAAGGCAGCUAUUAGAUUUCUGACAAAGCAAUUAUAGCGAGACACAGAUGCUGGGAGCUGACCUGACAUUUGCCCUCGGGUAGUUGUCAUAGCAGCAAGCUGAGCAGAGCAGCUGGAUGCGAGAACUGCCGCAGCCUCAGGAGGAAGGUCCGCCCCCAGUGCCGCACGUCGGGACAUCAACAUACAAGCAUGUAUGUUACGCCUCCCUCAGUGGCUGCUGCCGCGCUCCUUAUCUAACUUACGUACUCAUUUCAUACUCAGUUCAUGUUUAAAGGCAAGGACAACCACGUGCCUUAGGACGAUCUGCAGUGAUGUAUCUAGGGUAUUGUUCCUUGGGGAGAAGUUUUAAAGUGUUGCUAACAAAAGAAAGGUUUAGAUGCUGUAAACUG